AUGCCAAGACAUCAAAAAACUCAUUCUGAAGAGAUUUUUGAGAAAGCUAGAAAACUCGUCAAAAAUGAAGGAUAUUCUCUUCAUAAAGCUGCAAAUGAGCUCAAUAUCCCAUACAGUACUUUAAAAGAUCAUUUUAAUGGUCGUUAUAAAGACUGUGUUACACAGUUUGGCCAGAGUCCUUUAUUAGAUGCCCAGGAUGAAUUAAAUGUCGUGAAUUAUGCUAUCUUUAUGGCAUCAAGGGGUAUUCCGCUAACAAGACCUGUUCUUAAACGGAUUGCACUUGAAAUUAUUAUGCAAAGGGGCGGAGAUGAACGAGUUAACAAGGCCACUGGACCAUCUGAUCAGUGGGUGCGGAGAUUUUUACAGAGACACCAUUCUUUAUCUGUACGUAUUACACACCCCCUUGAACGACAGAGAGCUGUUUUAACACAGGACACAGUAAAUGAUUAUUUUGACUUGUUAGAGAAGACUGUUAUUUCUCUCAAUUUGCAACAGGAACCUGCCAGAAUAUAUAAUGACGAAUCUGGGUUUUCGGGAAAGCUGAAUCCAAGUAAGAAAGUAAUUGUUCCAAGAGGCACGAGGCAUGCGUACCAGUGUAUGGUAAGCCUUUCUGGUCAUGUUACUCUUUUAAACGCCAUUUCAGCAGCUGGACAGACCACACCACCUAUGCUUAUUUUUUCUAAAUGUCUGCCACGAAUGGUUGAUGAUGGAAUGCCUGACAGUUGGACUUUUGUCAACAAUGACAAGGGGUACAUCAUAACAGACUUAUUUGUACAGUGGUUAGAUGAGAAUUUUAUCCCUUUCAUUGGUGAGAGGUGCCCUGUUCUGCUAAUCUUAGACAAUCACAGUACACAUGUAUCUAAAGCAUUUGUUGAUGCUGCAUCCAAACACAAGGUGGAUUUACUAUACCUACCUGCACACUCGUCACAUCUUCUACAACCACAGAAUGCUGGUUACUUUCAUAUCCUAAAGCAAAAAGUAGCAGAUAUUGUUGUAGAACUUGGUUAUUUAGGCAUCCAAACUCUACCAAGGCAUAUGUUUCCAAAAAGUUUAAUGCAGGCUUUCAACAGGAGUUCGGGGAAUACUGUGGCCUCUGCUUUCUGUACUGGCAUAUAUCCUCUUAACAAAUCUGCUCUGGGUAUCAUAUCUGAAGACCUCAGUGCUAUUCUAGUUGAAGCCCCGCUACCAAAACAAAAACAGACUUCAAAGAGGAAAACUUUCACAAGUGCCCGUUCAGUUCCCAGUGCUAAACCUACCAAGAAAAAAGCUAAAAGUAACAUUAGCAAGGAUGAUGACGUAGUUACAACUGCAAUCGAACUGACAAAUGAUCAGCAAGUGGAAAGGGAUAUAUGUGUUGUGUGCAUGAUGGGUGAUAUUGAGGAGUACAAUUGGGUAGGGUGCGACAAAUGUGAUAAGUGGUUUCACUACCAGUGUUUGCCAUCUUAUGUACAAACUGAUGUAGACUUGAGUCUAGUUAUCAGUACGGAGUGGAUGUGCCGGUACUGUUUGGAGGAGUAA